AUGUACCUGAAGGAGCCGUGGAGCGAGGGGGGCGACGGCGACGGCGGCGGCGGUGGGGCGGCGUCGGCAGCGGUGGCGGGGUUUGGCCAGCCUCCGCUGCAGCGUGACGAUGAUUCGGCAUCGGUGGGGGAGCUGGUGGCGGCCCUCAGCCGGCGGAGGAUGUACCGGGAGGUGACCCUGUCACUCCGCUCCGGCUUACGGGACGCUGCCGCGGAGUUUUCCUUCCUCCGGCUCAGGGGCCUGCGUAAACUGCUAAAGUCCCUCCAGUCUAUCGCUGGCAACGAUGCGGCAAUCGCCCUUUUCUGCCAGUCCCAGUCCAUUCCUGAACUACAAGGUCCCCGCUCUCUCUCUCUCUCUCUCUCUCUCCCUUUUAAUAUCUUUGAAGAGACGCACACAACCACGCUCACAUUUCUAUGUAAUACCUAGAUUCACAUUAUUGCUUUAUGUUUGUAUCUAAUGAUUCAAAUUUUCGAAAAUUGUUGAUUGAAAGUAGUCCACACGGGUCAAGUUUUGGCCGUGUCAACAAUGCCAAUUGUUAGCUGCACGGUGCUUGAACUUGCCAUUUCGGUGGAAUGCCAUGGCCAUCAGGUUGAAAGAGUUCUGAUGCCAUAGCCUUAGGUGUCAUCGGGGACCACAAGACCGUAUUCGCCCAGUAAUUUGACAAUUCGUCCCCAGGUUACAGCGCUAGUGUUCUUGGUUGUUCUCAGCGAGUCUGGGUAGAUUACUCACGGAGGAAUCCAUAUGAUUGGGAAGAGGCAGUGGGGUGCAAUCUGGGAAGAACUGUUUGUAAGAGUAUGUGGAGUAGACGUGAGAUAUGGAGAUGAAAUUUUAGAGUUGGAAUCUUUAAGUGAGCAUCAGAGAAGUUGCACUGUGAAAUUGGAUGGGGAUAUUUAACUCAAGGAAGAGAAGUAUGAUAAGAAAAUUAUGAAAAGUUUGUUGAUCCUUUAUACCUCUGAUGCAGCACCCUGAACACGUCUCUGUAGUAAAAGUCGUGAGUUCGACACCACAUGGGGGCCAAAAGCAAGAAGAUGGGUGCAAAAACAUCUUGCAAGCACUUCCAAGGAUUUGGUGGCAAUAGUUGGGUCUUCGUAUCAUCCAAACGACUGGAGUGGGAGAGUCAGAGCCGAAAAGAGGAUUCCUCACUUCUUUCUUUCAUUCAUAACCGUGCGUGAGACUUUCUUCUCGCUUUAGACUAGAAUAGACUAGAAAUCCCUGGGCCUUUUUACUAAUACCUAUAUGUUAUAUCAUUUAGCAGAUCCUCUCGCUUUCUUCCUUCCCGUUUUUAGUUCUUAGUAUAAUGUAAUCCAUUUUGGUAUCGACCAGAUCCUACACUUCCCUGGUAAAACAUCACUUAGGAAGAAAGAUCCUUGUCUAAGUCGAUUAGCUACUCCUGGUCUUAAAGUCUGUCAUUAGGUGAGUUAAACCCAUCUCGGACCCUAUGCAGGGUGUCCUAUCCUAUCCAGCAUCAAACAGUCCUCAAUGCUUUGUUCUUUUUUUUCAUUUGAUCUUUACAACCCUUUUGUGAGUUCCAAACCAAAAUAAGAGGACAAUCGUUUACCUAUUGUAAGAUGCAAGUUUUCUUCAUUUUUCAGGAAGAAGAUAGAAAUAGGCUAUUUCAAUUUCUCACUUUCACCAUAAGGGAACUAUGAUAAACAUAAUGCAAAUGAAGCUGUUGAGCAUGGAUUUGUCACUAAUCUACAGACCUGGCGGCAUAUGAUCCUCCACCUUACUGUCAUAACCAUCGAAGGAAAGUAGAAUCUUCCUAUAAUUAGGGCUUGCCAUAUUUUGUACAAUGUGUUGAAGCUCCAUCAAUAAUAGCCUACUUAACAAUCUCAAAGAACAUAAAAAUGAUCGGUUGUUUUUAGAUGAGAAUUCAAGAUCGAAUCACUGUUUUAUCAUUUACAUUUUUCAAUUAGGUGAUUACUUUGAAGCCCUCAACAAUGGUGCAAAGGUUAUGAAUUAAGGAGAAACAUGUUUGCAGGAUUGACUGUUUAGAAACAAAAGAUGAAGGGAUCAAUGUCACUUAUUUCAAAUGAGAUAAAAAAAUAGCUCAGAGGAUUAUAGCACGUGGCUACGAACCACGGUGUCGGGGGUUCUAAUCCUUAUUUAACUGAUCAGUUUAGUUGAUGGCGAAGUUUAUUUAAACCUGGUUUAUAGACUUCGCCAGUUCGUCUGAUUUUCCUUCGCUAAGGCUUAGAGUGACAAUGUAAUAAUUUUCUGACUUAACUAAAGGCCAUGUGUAAAUUGCCAAAAUCCUUAAUCUUGUGGGAGUGCUGAGUGGAGUUCGCAACUUGAAAAUGGUGUCACGUUGUCUUCUAACAGAUUAUAUAUCCUCUAAAAUAUGAGUCCUGUAGGCUUUUCUUGUGUUCAAGUGACGAUCCAGGCCAAGGCGUCAUUUUAAUUAUAGAAGGUACUGGCUUGGGGAUAUGAAGGUUUUCAGGCUACUGAAUCAAUUUGAAUCAAUUCACCUUAUUAAAGUAAAAUGACUUUUUUAUGGCAGUGGAUGAUUGACAUUUUCUGCCGUUCAACAACAGCGAAAUGUGUAAAACUGAUUGCUUUGCAUAGUUUAGGGUUUCUGAUGUUCAGAUAAUUCAUUUUUCUACCGUAAGUGCUGUAAAUUUGGUUUGUUAUAUCUACGUUUUUGAGGUGCAAUCUCCGACCUAUUUUUCCCACAAUAUCUUUCCUCAAGUAAUAGUUCUUUUACUAAUUGACCUUUAUGAUGUCUAACAGUGGUUCCUGUUCUAUUUCAAAACACUCUGAGGCAAUCAAAAGAUCAGCCUAAAUUGAAGUUGGAUCAUAUAUUUGGAGUAGAACCUUUGAAAAUAAAUAGUCCGGCAACAGACUCGGAAAUGGCCCUAGCUCUCAGGGUUCUGGAAGGAUGUUGUCUGAUUCAUAGACAGAGCAGAGAUUUGGCUCAGCACCACAAUGGAAUAAAGGUAGAAAAUGAUGUGCAUGUAAUCUCGUGAAUUCUCAAUAUCAGUCCAGAAAAAAUAUUCUUUUUUUCUUAAUUUUCCUUUUCGAGAAAAAUUUCUAUGACACUCAUUAUUCCAUUGAAUUCGAACGAGGGGAUCCAACUGUGUCACGUUUAUCCUUGUCUGGACUUACUUGGGGAGUAAUUGUUCAUUCAUUUUAUCUUAACUACCUUCAAAUUUCAGUUAAAAGUAUCUUUUUUCAGUCGUUUUUUAUGUUUUUGUAAAAGUUUUUCUCUUUUAAUUUUUUCCUAUAUUUGAUAGCGCACUGGAAUUUGUGUCUUCAUGAGCAGCUUUGUAUAAUUAAUAUCAUCCUUUCCGUCUCUAAUGACGAACUCAGUUAUCCCAGGUUACCGAUCUUUCCAAGGAAGCCAACCACCUGUUUGCUUUUCUACUGUCAAACAUUGGCUUAAUUUGUAUCCAUCAGGAAAGUUUGGAAUUUGAUUAUUUCGAAAAACAUUAGUGAUAAUGAUCAGCUCUGCUUCUUUUAAAACCUUAUUUACAUAAUAAUGAGCCGCUCCUAGAUUUAAUUGUCGUUUGCUAUGUCCUCAGUUUCGAACAAUUCGAUGUCUGAAACGUUUGACUUUGCAGGUUCUUGUAAAUAUACUAUCGACUCGAGGAGCACUCGAACAGGGAGCAUGCCUGGACGCUUUUCUAUCAUUAAUGGUUGAUUCUUCUGCCAACCAAAGGGUAUCCUAUCGUUUAGUAGAAACUUCUUGUGCAUCCAUUCUCUAUUAAAAUAUCCCCAUUUCCCCUAUUGUCCUUUAUAGAAUAGAGUUUAUUGAUUUUUUUCUUUCCUUGCAACUAAAAAUUAUUGAGGUGAUUGUGCUCUGAUUGACUCUGUAGGUAAUAGUUUCCCUAAAUGACAUGAAAUAUUUGUCUCGUCCAUUCAUUCGGAUCAUUCUCAACGGUUGUUUUCUGUUUUCAUUCACUUAAAAUCUUCGUUUGGAGAAUCUUCCCUGAUGGAAGUGAUGAGGCAUAUUGAUGUUUCUCUUGUGUUAAUAUCCUUUAUGGAAUCCUAGUCAAUCUCGUGAUUAAAUGCUUGAAUAAAUGCGUCAUUUGGGAAAAUUCACUCUGCCUUAUCGCUUGCCUGGGAAAAAUCAAUGGGCACACUUUGGUGUGUGAUUAUCAAGCGCUUCAACAGUCCUUUAGUGGGGAAAGACUUAAUCCUCGUAUCUUCUUUGUUCAUAAAUAGUAAGGGUUUUUCAUCCAUCAAUAAAAAAAAAAAAGGCAUUCUGUUGUCACUUACUGAAAAUGUACUAGAAAUGGUGAUGUGAUUUCGACCUGCCAUCACGCCUGUUCUGUCUCCAAUACUCUGCUUUGACAGAGCAGGUAACCAAUGAGGCGCAGUCACUACAUGAUAAAAUUCAAUAAUUAUUCAGAAGCCAAAAUAAUGUAUAGAUGUUAAAGGAUUUUCUGUAUUCUACGCUAUUUAGGGCCGAUAUUUGACAUACAGUGAAUUAAUAUCGUAAUAUCAUAGUAUCUUUCCAUUAUCUCAAGCCUUUCCAAGUGUUUCUUACCUACCCAGAUAAUCUUUCCAGGUCCCCAUGCACACAACCCCCCAGAUGAUUCACAAACUCGGAUAGAAAAUGUGCAACCAGUGUAUCAAGAACAUGCGCAAUCUUUGGCCCCAGAUAAUCCCCUUUUCUUGCUUCAAAUAGCCCUUACAAAAUUAUUAUUAUUAUUAUUAUUAUUAUUGCUCAUGGGCAUUAAUUUAACAAAAAAAAAAGGCAGCCAUCCGAUCUUAUCCUUUGAAUUUGUUCUUCUGAAAUAAUUCAUAACCAUCCGAUCUUCUUACAUUCGGGGUUGACUUUGGUUUUAGAGAUCUCAUCAACAAUCCCUGGCUAGUCGAUGUUCUAAUCCUUUGAACAUGAUGCUCUUACCUAAUAAUUCAUAGGUUUCAUCGAUCAGUUCCUUUCUCUUUUGGGUUGGUUUUAUUUUCACAGAUUUCAUCGAUCAGUUCCUUUCUCUUCCCUCCAGGAAUUCGAGAUAUCUGGCGGCUAUGAGACAGUCGUGGAGUGCAUGAAAGAUGUUGAAGCGGAUGAAUCAAUAAGGUCUCCUUUAAAUACAAUCACAUAUAGUUACUCCAUUGCUCUUUAUAGCACUCUUCUAUGGUGUUCUUGCCCGGCGCUUAUCCCCCGUCUCCAGGACCAAUCUGAAUGGCGCUCCUGGUUCACAGGCUCAAGUGUGGGGAGUUCCUGCUCCUGCUUCUCGGGCAGGUGAACGGGAGGGCCGAGCCGCCCUUCGCCGCCAUGCACGGCAACCUGACGCGGCUCGUGGGUGAGAAGUGCGCGUCCCUGAUGUGGGCUGCGAGCCAGUUCGGCUCCACUCUCGAUCCGGAGCAGCGGCAGAUGGCCCUCAGCAUCCAGGCCCGGAGAGUCCUCGAAGCCCUGGAGACGUAG